AUGGCCUCGAGCAACAUCCUACAUCUGCCCUUCCGCCGCACCCACAAUGUCUCCAUCGCCGAAGCCAUCAAGCGCUACAUCUCGACCAAAUAUGACCAACACCCGGACAUGUUCACCACCGAUCUCGAGCAAAUAGACCACCUCAGACAUGCCGCUGUCCACGCUCUCGAGCCUCAUACCAGCGGCGUUCGCAAGCUCCAGCAAUAUGCUGCCCAGCUCGUCUGGAUGGGUGCCAAAUUUCCCGUCGACAUCGGCCUGGAAUUCAUCUGGUACCCUGCUUUAGGCUACAACACUCAAAGGCCGCUAUCUCAGGACAACAUCCGCUUCGAACUUGCCAACGUUCUUUUCAACUUGGCCGCUAUGUACUCCCAACUGGCCAUGUCGUCCAACAGAAGCACUAGUGACGGCCUGAAAGCUGCCUGCAACUACUUCUGUCUAUCUGCUGGUGUCAUCUCCCAUUUGAAAACGACUAUAGUCCCAGAUAUGAGGACCUCUCCACCCGAGGACAUGGAUACCUCUACACUGGAGAGCUUGGAAUACCUUAUGCUGGCUCAAGCUCAAGAAUGUUUCUGGCAAAAGGCUGUAAAAGAUGGUCUCAAAGAUGCUAGCAUCGCAAAGCUCGCUGCUAAGGUCAGCGACUUCUACAACGAUGCUGGUGACUGGGGCAUCAAGAGCGACUCUGUCAGUAGUGAAUGGAUCCACCACAUGAACGCCAAGCACCACCACUUCGCUGCUGCUGCUCAAUAUCGCGCCGCUUGUGACUGUCUUGAGAAGAGAAAAUAUGGCGAAGAGGUUGCUCGUCUGCGUGACAGUCUUAAGUGUGCCGAUGAGGCUUUGCGUGAGACCAAAUACGUCAACAAGGCUGUACAGGACGAUGCAAACGGUCUCAGAGCAAGAGUCUCUGAAGACCUCAAAAGAGCUGAGAAAGACAACGAUAUGAUCUACCUCCUGCCAGUGCCGCCCAAGUCUGAGCUCAAAAUCCUUGAUAGGGCAAGCAUGGUCACUGCAAGAGUGCCCAAGGAAGUUUCCGAACCAUUGACUAUGCUCGGGGAUCAUGGAGAACUCGGCAAACCACUUUUCUCAAAACUUGUUCCAUAUUCGGUCCAUGUCGCAGCUAGUAUCUACGUCGACCGCAGAGAUCGUCUGGUCAACAACACCAUUGUCCAGCAGCUUGAGGAACUCACUCUCGGCAUACACGAACUUUUGAAAUCACUUGGUCUUCCCGGUUCUUUACAGGCUCUUGAGAAGCCCCUUGGUCUCCCUCCCAGUGUGGCUAGUCAUGCUGAAGAGGUCCGGCAGAUGAAUGGUAUCUACAGGCUCCACAGUGCCAUGGCCGAUACAGAGAAGCUGAAAAACAGUGACCGGGCAACAUAUCAAGAAGGUGUAGAGAUGCUGCGAUCAGAGUCUUCCGAGGAUGAUGCUGCGCGACGGAAAUACGGAACUGACAGGUGGGCAAGACCGCCAUCGAACGAGGCAUCCCGCAAGCUAUACGCUCAAGUCACAGAGAUCGACGGUUAUCUCAAACAAGCUGGCAAUAGCGACAAGCUGGUUCAGAAGAAGCUAAAAGACAACGAGGCUUUGAUUCGCCUGCUUGCUGGCACAGAUCGCGAUCUCGAGGAUUAUGUUCCGAGCAGUCGACGUGCAACCAUGACUACCAAAGUCGAGAGGGAAGCAAACAAUCUUCGCGCUGUGCUCAACGACAUUGCCCGUUUCGAAAACCGUCGCAAGCGUAAAAUCGAAAAUGUUCGAGCAAAGGCAAAGGCCGAUGAUGUUAAUGCCGACCUUCUGCGCGAAGCCGCGCGUCUGGAAAGGGAGUACCCUAUGCAAACACUUGAGGCGAUUCAGUUCGAAAGCUUCUUCGACCAAAGACUAGAGAAGUACACCGCCGACCGCAACGACAUCAACGCAGAGAGAACAGAACAAGAAGACCUCCUCGAGCGAGUCCAGCAAGCCAAUAGCUCAUUCACUGUUGCAAGAAAAGGAGACACCUCAACAAAGGACCGUGAACAAGCUUUGCAAAAUCUGGAAAAUGCAUAUUUGGCGUAUAAGGAAAUCAUCUCAAACCUUGAGACCGGCCGUAAAUUUUACAACGACCUUGCCAGUAUUGUUACACGCUUCCGCGACGAUUGCCGGAACUUUGUCUACCAACGACGCGCGGAGUCUUCAUCGCUCGAAAACGAUUUGAGCACUUCUAUGGCUCAGAUGAGUUUGCAAAAUGCCAAUCAGACAAAUUUGCGACAACAGAAGCAGCAGGAGACAUUGAUGAACCAACAGCAACCCCGUACAACUCCACGACCAGGACCACCACUGGCAGCGCCACUGCCUACCAGAGCCAAUGUCGCCCCUCCCCCAGUAGCGGCGACCGCGUCGCCCACGCCGGGUAUGUGGACGCCAGAGAUGGGUAUACGGUUCGGGGGUCCCAGCGCUGCGGCAUCAUCCGUAGUCAACAAUGAUGGAGCUCCUCAAAAGCCCACAUCGCGCGACAACAGGUGGGAUCCUAGCACGCAGAACAUCCAAUUCAGGUAG